AUGCUGGGGCUGGCGGCGGGGCUGCUGGCGGCGGCCGCCGUGGCGCUGCUGCUGGACUGGUACGGGCCGCCGGGGGCGCCGCCGGCCCCGGGGCAGCGCCGCCGCUGGGCCCCGCAGCCCGCGCCCGGGGCGGCCGCCGCCAGCCUGCUCUGGGUCGUGCAGGUCUCAGAUAUUCAUAUCAGCAAAUUUCGGGAUCCCAAACGAGCUCCUGACUUUGAGAAAUUUUGUUCAGAAACAAUUGAUGUGAUUCAGCCAGCACUUGUUCUAGCAACAGGUGAUCUGACAGAUGCUAAGACAAGAGAUAAACUGGGAUCUGAGCAGGUAGAAGAUGAGUGGAAAACUUAUCAGUCAAUCCUGAAGAGAUCAAGGGUCACGGAAAAAACCAAGUGGAUAGACAUCAAAGGGAAUCAUGAUUCAUUCAACAUUCCACGCCUGGAUAGUGUUCAGAAUUAUUACAGGAAAUACUCUGCCUGGCAUAAAGAUGGCUCUUUCCAUUACAUCCACACUACCUCUUUUGGGAACUAUUCAUUCAUCUGCGUGGAUGCCACACUCAGCCCAGGCCCUAAAAGACCCUAUAAUUUUUUUGGGAUUUUAAACAUGAAUCAAAUGGCAGAGCUGUCUUCGAUGGCAACAGAAAGUCUACACAGCAACCAUACUAUCUGGUUUGGCCACUACCCCACCUCCACAAUCAUCUCCCCAUCCCCUGGAAUACGAACACUAAUGAGUUCUGCCACAGCCUAUUUAUGUGGACAUCUCCAUACAAUGGGUGGGCUGAUGCCAGUCUUGCACAGUCAGCACCGUGGUGGCACUCUGGAACUUGAAUUGGGAGACUGGAUGGAUAACAGGAGGUACAGGAUCCUCGCAUUUGAUCAUGACCUCCUCAGCUUCGCAGAUCUCAACUUUGAAGAGUGGCCUGUAGUUCUCAUCACCAAUCCCAAAUCCUUCCUUUACAGCAGUUCUACUCAUGAACCACUAGUCAAAAUUCUUUAUUCCACUCAUAUCAGAAUUCUGGCAUUCUCUCCUUCUGUCAUUAUCUCUGUCAAAGUCUACAUAGAUGGAGUUCACCUGGGGAAUGCACAUCAGGUGUCUGGCCCUCUCUAUGUGCUGAAGUGGAGCCCACAAAACUACAGUGAAGGGUUCCAUCACAUAGAUGUGACUGUCCAGGAUGCUUCAGGAAGAAUUGGCACACGGGGCCAUUUAUUUGGUAUGGAAGAAAAUCUCUCUCUUAGAUUUGACUUUUGGUCAUCUGUUAUUCUUCUCACUGACCACUAUGUUCUAGCCCGAGUGCUCUUUGGACUGACUGUGCUGAUUCAGAUUACCUUACUUGUUGUUUUCCGACACCUCCAAAAGCCAGCACUCAAAGGAAAGCCGGGAUUACUUACUCUGACUUCAUAUUCUCUUCAUGUCUUCAGUAAAACAAACACCUUCUAUUACUCAAUUCUGGUUCUGAAUUUAUACACCAUUCUGGGACCAUGGUUUGUAGGUGAACUGAUAGAUGGCCAGAUGGGGGCCUGUUUUUCCUUUGGAGUGUUUGUUGGUGGUUCCUUCUUACAGGGCAGUAUGACAUUUGUGGUUGGGAUUUUACAGAUGCUGUUUUUCAACCUGCCAUUGAUGGCCUAUCUGUGCUGGUGCCUGCUGCUGCGCUGCCAUGGCCACAGCUUCCGUUCCCACCUCCGUCACGGCCGCCGCCUCGUGGCUGUGCCUGUUCACCUGGCAAUGGUGCUGCUCCUGGCCUGGCAGGUCUACUCCUGCUACUUCCUGCAGCGCACUUACGGCACCUUGGCCUUCUUCCUGUCCCCAAUGAGAACGUGGCUGGUGCUACUGACCGCAGCUCUCAUUUAUAAAACCUGGACACUGAAAUCAUCACAGCUCAGAACUUACAUAACAGAGAUAAAAAACUGUCAAAGCUCCUGAAGUACAAUAUAAGUACUCCAAAUUCUGUCUUAAAAACUCUCAAGGUACAACCUUAUCAUUUUGUGAUGCUGGAAUUCCAUACACCCCACCGUUAAGUGGUAGGACCCAAAGCUCCACCUGCACUGCUACAGAACUGUAUUAAAUAGUUAAUGUACAAUAUGUUAUACACACUUUUCUUCUAUUAUACAACAUACUGUAUAAUACAUGUUAUAUAAUACAGUUAUGGAUUAUACAUCAGUACAGCCAACUUUGGAAUAAUCUCAUCAAUGAGGUUUUUUUAGUGAUACAAAGAUAGAUAUGUCCAUAUGCAUCACAAAUGGAAAUGUUUGCCUAUUACUACUGUGAAUAGAAAAAUAAUUAAUUAUUGAUUUUUAUAAUGCUGCAAAAUAUGAGCAUAGGACCUGAUGAGCUUCUAGAUUUGUGAUCCUUUGAUUUUUAUUUCAGGGUUGACAUGUGUUUUUACAAGACUAGACCAGAUGUCUUUAUGAAGUAAUAGUGAUUGCAAAGGUGCUGUAGUGGCCUUCACAGCCAGAGUCCUAUGCCCAUACAUGUUUUCAGUUCAUAUUGCUGUAUACAAGCAGAUCAUAGGUGUGUGUAUGUAUUUGUGUUCAUGUUUACCUGAGCUGUGGCCUAUAGCUCUUGCCCUGGGAGUGCUGGCUGACUAACAGGCUGACUCUCUGGAAGGAAGGAGUUUCAUUUUGCACUACUAAGGCUGCCAGUCCUGCCACCCAUGACUGGUGAAAGGACAGUGAAUUAUCAAUGGUGCUGGGGUUUUCAGCUUCAAAGCAAAGAAUGGAGACACUAGCCUCAGGAUGGGAGAGACUGUAGGAAUACUAUGGUCUGAUGCCUGUAAAGUCUGUCAUUUCUGUUUUUCUGGGUCUCAGCUGUGUUUCUGGGUCUUGGCCAAAUGCACCAAAGAGUGACCUAAGAAAACUUAUUUCUUUGUUUUCACUUUUUUCCUAAGUUCAAAAAUUAUAGAACAGUUAGUUACAAUAAUGAAGAAUGCAAUGAUCCAGAGCCAAGAAAACUGAGGUGCCUUGAUCUAUAAAGAACACUGCGUUGCUUCACAAAAGACCAGCUGUGAGUGGAACAUUUAGGUAAUUUUACAGUAACUUACUUAUGGCUUCUUAAGAAAAAAAGAAGGCUAAUUUAUUUAUGGUCCCUUUGGAAAAAAAACAGCAGCAACUGUAGUAGAACACAGAAAAAUAAAUCAGAAGAAAAUAUUGAUUACAACAAGGACUUUUGUUAUUUCUAACAAGCGAUAGUUUUCCUGUUCCUUCAUUUCUGUUCCUCAAUGAUAUAGGAAAAUAGUAAUGUAAUACUACUAAUAAUCUAAUGUCUUCAAUGUAAUAGGAAAAAGAGUGAGCACCCAUUUACAUGAGGUAAAUACACUGUUAAGAGAAUAAAGAAUGUAAUUUGUUGCUACAAAAGUUUGUUUUGCAAAGCUGUUAAAAAAUCAGAGAUGGCACAAAAUUUAUUUGUGAGAUGCAAUACUGAAAAAUUGAUAAUAAAAUGACAAUUUUUCACAAUUAAAUUACUUUGAUGUGAUUAGAGAGAACAGGAAGUGGCAAUAAUAUACUUCAUAUCUUUUGACUUGUUACCAUUGUUAAAUAUAAC